CUAAGCGUGAAUAUGGACGGCACAAUAGCAGCGCAAGGUGUGGCAAUUGUGUUGGCUGCGUUGCUAAAAGCCAUAGCAGAAGCAAUGAAGAAUAAUUCCUCCAUGUUCAAGAAGAAGAAAGCCUUCGACUUGGGCAACCUGGAAUCCACCCUAAAGUCGAUAGAACCUAACAUCAGAAAGAUGGAACGUCUCAACAACGAGAUGGGACGCCCAAAGGAGGAGCUGGAACCACUCAUAAAGAAAAUGGAAGAGGGAAUCAAGCUUCUGAAGCGGUGCUCCAAUGUCCGCUGGAAUUCCAAGUCUUACAUGGCUCAACUUCAGGCAUUUGAUGACUCCUUUCGUGAGCUUCUCCACACCAUCAUGAAAGUUCAGACUGCAACAGAUCAAAAGGAGAUGCUCCACUUGCAGCAUCAAAAAGGUUUCCGAAGGCGGCUCAUGCGUUUUUGCAGGCAAAUGAGGGAACGUAUAUCAAUGCUUGGAAAAGGGAGAUACUGAUGGGAUCUAAGAUAAGAGGAUAGAAAAGCGGGAAAACGAGAGCGGUUAGGAAAGACGGGAUAAGAGAGCUUAUAUAAAUAGGCUCUUGAACCUUGUUGAGAGCGAUUCUUGUUUCUGUAUUUCGUUAUAUGUUAUAGUAAAUACUGUUAGUUAGUUUUAUAUUUAAAUAAUUCUACUAUUUAUUAGAGAGAACGAGUCUUUUAUUUAGUUGCUUAAGACUAGUCUACUUUUGUGUUAUUUUAUGUUUUACGUGUGUAACUGCUAUGCAGUAGUUAAAUUCUGUUUUAAGGCUAUUUAUAAGCCUGACGUUACAGUAAAAGAAACAAGUAUUCUCCAUACCUAGUGUGAAAUAUACCAUUGAUAGUGUGAGGAGUGAAACACCAGUGAAUUUCUUAUACAGUGAGGUGUGAAAUCAUUGCAAGUGUGAGAAUAGAACCAAAAGAUCAAUAUGUCGUCUGAAAAAUUUGUUCAGGCAACCAUUCCGAGGUUUGAUCGAUGGCCAUUAUGAUUUUUGGUCUAUGACGAUGGAGAACUUUCUACGAAGUAAGGAAAUGUGGCAGCUUGUAGAGGAUGGAAUUCCAAAGCUUGGAAUCACGCCUAGUGAAGCAGAGAGGAAGAACGUGGCUGAGGCUACUUUAAAGGACUUGAAAGUGAAGAAUUAUUUGUUUCAAGCCAUUGAUCGGGAAAUUCUAGAAACAAUUCUAGACAAAAGCUCAUCACAAGCAAUAUGGCAAUCUAUGCAACAAAAAUACCGUGGAUCCACAAGGGUCAAACGUGCUCAACUACAAACAUUGCGUCGUGAAUUCGAGUUGUUGGGAAUGAAGGAAGGUGAAAAAGUGGACAGUUAUUUGGGACGUACUCUCGGUGUCGUUAAUAAAAUGAAAUCCAAUGGUGAAGUGAUCGACUCAAGCAUGGUGGUUAGCAAGAUUCUCAGAUCACUAACCUCAAAAUUUAAUUAUGUCGUGUGUUCAAUUGAGGAAUCAAAUGAUUUGAAUACCCUUAGUAUGGAUGAACUUCACGGGAGCCUACUCGUCCACGAACAAAGAAUGGAAGACUCUCAACCAAAUGAGCAGGUGUUGAAAGUUACUCAUGAUAACAAACUAAUAGCAGGUCGAGGUCUUCGCAGGAGUGGUGGUCGUGGUCGUGGUCAGACGUAUACUAUGUCCCUGAACUCAAGACCAAUCUCUUAAGCUUAGGACAACUCCAAGAAAAAGGUACUUUCUAAGCUUCAUCGACGAUUAUUCACGAAAAGCUUGGAUCUAUUUUUUACAUGAGAAGUCUGAAGCGUUCACAACAUUCAAAAAAUUCAAAGUUUAUGUUGAGAAAGAAGCUGGAACCUUCAUCACUUGUCUCAGAACAAAUAGAGGUGGAGAGUUCACUUCUAAGGAGUUUGCUGAUUUUUGUGGUCAUCAGGGAACGUAUAUCAAUGCUUGGAAAAGGGAGACACUGAUAGGAUCUAAUGUAAGUAGGGCUGGGUACAGUUCACUUAAAAAUCAUAAACUAUAAUUUAUCAAUACGGUUCUGUACUUAAAAACUUAAACUAUUUUUACUAAAAACUAAUUAUACUGUUUAAUAAUUCAGUUUGGAAAUACUGAAUUUAUUGUAU